AUGCCCAAACCAGUGAGACCACACCAGUGUUCCCACUGUGGAAAGAGUUUUAAGUGGGUAUGUUACCUGAAAGAGCAUGAAAGAAUACCCACAGGAGAAAAGCCAUUCCAAUGCUCUCAGUGUGGAAAAGGUUUUACCCGGGUAGUGAACCUGCAAACGCAUUUGAGAACGCACACAGGGGAGAAGCCCUACCACUGCUCAGAUUGUGGAAAGAGAUUUACCCAGCUAGGGAACCUGAAAUCACAUGAGAGAACACAUUCUUUAGAGAGACCUUUUCAGUGCUCACAGGGUGGAAAGAGAUUUAUCAAGUCAUCAAAUCUGAAAGACCAUAAGAGAAUACACACAGGAGAAAAAACAUUCCAAUGCUCUCAGUGUGGAAAGGGUUUUACCUGGGUAGGGAACCUGAAAACGCAUUUGAGAACACACACAGGGGAGAAGCCUUUCCAAUCCUCUCAGUGUGGAAAGAGAUGUAUUCAGUCAUCGCAUCUGAAAGAUCAUAAGAGAAUACACACUGGAGAACGACCAUUCCAAUGUUCACAGUGUGGAAAGGGUUUUACCUGGGUAGGGAGCCUGAAAACGCAUGAGAGGACACACACAGGAAAGAAGCCUUUCCAAUGCUCUCAGUGUAAAAAUAGUUUUAGCAAGUUAGGGAACCUAAAAAUGCAUGAUAGGACACACACAGGAGAA